ACUUCCUAUGUUAAUUCUAUGUAAGCAAUUUUAACACCAGGCUUGGUUGGCUUCUUGCAUGUCUAAAUAUAAUUUCGCUUAGCGUAACUUAAUUGCAAUUAUUUUUAUAUCAAUAAGCAAGUUUUGGCUUUGACGGGAAGUUUGAAUGCUAAAAGAGAAGACAGACGAGAUCAUAAGUUCAAAACUUAUGGCAGAAAUAUCAGCUUCUGCAAGUAGAAUUCACUUUUUUCCUCAAAAGUUUCUUUCAGAAAUGAUUCGGGGUAUUCUAGUUGUGUUGUUGAUUGGAACUCUGGCGUGGGCAUACCAGGCUACCAUUCCUCCACCUCCAAGAAUCUGUGGCUCUCCCGGUGGCCCUGCCAUUACAGGACCUAGACUAAAGUUGAAGGAUGGAAGGCAUUUGGCUUACAAAGAGUAUGGUUUGCCAAAACACUUGGCCAAACAUAAGAUUAUAUUUUUCCAUGGUUUUAGCUCUUGCAGACAUGAUGUAGUCAUCGCAGAGAACCUCUCAAAAGAAACUGUUGACGAACUCGGGAUAUACAUUGUGUCGUUCGACAGAGCAGGGUACGGCGAGAGUGAUCCAAAUACAAAGAGAACAAUAAAGAGUUUGGCUAUGGAUACAGAAGAGUUUGCUGAUCAGUUAGGACUUGGAACCAAGUUUUAUGUUGUUGGUCAUUCGAUGGGAGGUCAGACUGCUUGGAGUUGCCUCAAGUACAUCCCUCAUAGGCUAGCCGGAGCAGCACUUAUUGCUCCAGUUAUCAACUACUGGUGGUCUGGAUUUCCCAGAAACUUAUCAGCUGAAGCUUUCUAUCUACAGUUACCGCAGGAUCAAUGGGCUCUGCGUGUCGCACACUAUGCUCCAUGGCUUAUCUACUGGUGGAACACUCAGAAAUUAUUUCCUGCAUCUGCUGUUGUAGCAAGGAAUCCUCAAAUUUUUUCUACUCAAGAUAAGCAACUUAUCUCUAAGCUUUCGGGGAAACAGACUUACAAGUCACAGGUACUUCAGCAAGGAGCAUUUGAAUCCAACCAUCGUGACAUGAUAAUAGGAUUCGGGAACUGGGAAUUCAGUCCAAUGGAUCUCCAGAACCCUUUUCCCGAGGGUCAUGGCUCUGUUCAUAUGUGGCAUGGUGAUGAUGAUAGGCUUGUGCCAGUAAUCCUGCAACGCUACAUUGCCAAAAGACUUCCAUGGAUUCACUACCACGAGUUACCAGGUGCUGGACACCUAUUUCCAUUUCUAGAUGGGAUGAGUGAAUCUAUCUUAAAGGCUCUUUUGCUUACUAACAAAGUAACCUCGACAUAGCAAGCAAGGUCACUUAGUUCAUCAAUGUUAUUAACUUACGCAACUAUUCAGGAGUAGUAAGUCCACAGCAAUUCAGCACUUGAUUCUUGCUUUCUAGGCAAAAUGCAAGCUGCGAGCUCAAUAUUUGGUUUCUAUAUAAAUUAUUCCCCUUGAGCUAUAAUUUGUGAGAGUGAACUACUGUUUUUAUAAGUGAUUACUAAUCAGUGCAGUAUUUAUAACCU